AUGGCAACUGGAUGGCUUACUCUCGAAGCGAGCAUAAAUGCUAUUCAGACUAAACAACAUGUCACUACGAACUUGGAACAGCUGUAUAAAGUGGUGGAAUCGUUGUGUGAAAAUAAAAUGGCAAGAACCACAUAUGACAAGCUGUUGGACAAUAUCCGCAAGAACGAAUUGAGUGAAAAGUGCGUAGCUGGUGGAGUGGAGUUUAUGAAGGCGAUAGAGAAUCUUUGGAGUGAUUAUUGUGAACAAAUGAUUCUUAUUCGUAACGUAUUCUUAUACCUUGAUAGAACUUUCAUUCUAGAAAACAUUGACGAAUCACCCAUUUGGGAGUCAUCUUUGGUAAUUUUUCGUGAGGAAAUUAUACUGCAUGGCAGUGUACUGAAAAAGUUGGUCUCUGGAAUUUUAGAUAGAGUUGCCGAAGAAAGGGCUGGAGAUCAGGUGGAUCGUUAUUUAUUGCGAGCUCUCCUUCGAAUGUUGCGAACACUUGAUUUAUAUAAACAGGUAAACCUUAUCGUCGCUCCAAGUUUUCACUAA